AUGAGUCGUCCACAGGAACCACACCGACCUUUCUUCCAUUUUGGAAAUCCUUUCCGGAUGAUUUCACCAAAGGGUUCUCAUCUGUCUCCAAAGCUUGUUGCACUGUUAAACACUUUUGAGGAGACAUUGGCUGGGAGGUUGAGAAAGCUUAACCCGAAAGACAAGGAUGAUGUCCUCAGCUUGUCAUGGAUGAAACUGGCGAUGGAGUCUCUUUGUGGAACUCAUAAUGACAUAAAAACCCUCAUAUCUGAGAUUGACCUCCCUGUGAGUGACUGGGAUGAGAAAUGGAUUGAUGUGUACUUGGACAUCAGUGUAAAGUUGCUUGAUGUAUGCAUUGCUUUUAGCUCUGAGAUCUCACGUUUAAACCAGGGCCAUCUAUUUCUUCAGUGCGUCUUGCAUAAUUUGGAUUCAACCUCUUCUAACCAAUUUAUUCGGGCCCGCUCUUCACUUGAUGGCUGGAGGCACCAUAUUGGUUCAAAGAACCCCAGAGUUGAGAACUGUAGCACCAUUUUAGACAAGCUUGUGGAAUCCCUUGAUCUGCCAAAGGUAAAGAACUCAGCCAAAGGGAAACUUCUAAUGCGUGCUAUGUAUGGAGUGAAGGUGUUGACAGUAUCUGUUUGUAGUGUCUUUGCUGCAGCCUUUUCUGGUUCUGCAAAGAAGUUGUUAGAUUUGAAUGUUGCUGAGACAUAUUUGUGGGCUCGAGCAUUUAAUGACUUUCAGGGUAAUGUAAAUGGGGAAAUUAGAAAUGUAUUUUCUAGUGGAAGAUUCAUGGUACUUAAAGAGCUGGAAGCAGUUGAUGGUAUUGUAAAGGAGUUGUAUCCCAAGAUCCAAGAUGGUGUGGGCCUUGCUGAAGGGAAAGCGUUCCACAGUUCUAUUUCUGAUUUAGAAAGUAAGGCACAGAAACUUUCUCAGGGACUUGAUCUUCUUACAAAGGAAGUGGAUGGCUUUUUCCAAAUCCUUUUAACCGGACGCGAUGCUUUGCUUUCGAAACUAAGAUCAGGGGGAGCAGUCUCAGACCAGAUGCUGGCGGGAAAUGUAGGAGCGCAGGUUGUGAGAUGA